AUGGGGUCGUUAUUUCGUAGUGAGGAAAUGACUCUGUGUCAACUAUUUCUUCAGAGUGAAGCAGCCUAUGCAUGCGUGUCUGAACUUGGUGAACUGGGGCUUGUUCAGUUCCGCGAUUUGAACCCAGACGUGAACGCGUUCCAGCGCAAGUUCGUCAAUGAAGUACGCCGUUGCGAUGAGAUGGAGAGGAAGUUGCGUUACUUGGAGAAGGAGAUUAGGAGAGAUGGCAUUCCAAUGUUGGAGAUUCCAGGAGAGGUGCCUGAAGCGCCUCAACCCAGGGAAAUGAUCGACCUUGAGGCUACGUUUGAGAAACUUGAAAAUGAACUUCGGGAAGUGAAUCAGAACGCUGAGGCUUUGAAGAGGAACUACUUGGAACUGACCGAGCUGAAGCAUAUAUUGAGGAAGACGCAAGUGUUCUUCGACGAGAUGGCGGACCCGUCGCGCGAGGAGGAACAAGUCACCCUCCUGGGGGAGGAGGGCCUGAUGGCGGGAGGGCAAGCGCUCAAGCUGGGCGCUUGUACUGUGACGCUGAUACGGGAGUCUACCGGUCACCACUCAGGCAAGCAUUGGAGACAGCCGCACGAGGGUGGUGCCAAUACCACUGAGUCAAUGACCCGGGCUCUCAUAUCCGACGACCCGAACAGACAUAUGGGACAGGUCCAACUAGGUUUUCGGGAUAAACAAGAGUCCUUGGAAUUCCUGCCGUGUUUUGUCGCCGGAGUUAUUCUCCGUGAGAGAAUUCCCGCCUUUGAGCGUAUGCUGUGGCGUGCGUGUCGAGGGAACGUGUUCCUGAGGCAGGCUGAGAUUGACACGCCUCUGGAAGACCCUUCAUCGUCUGACCAGGUGUACAAGUCAGUGUUCAUCAUCUUCUUCCAAGGAGACCAGCUCAAGACCCGCGUGAAGAAGAUCUGUGAAGGUUUCCGCGCUACCUUAUACCCAUGCCCGGAAGCUCCCGCUGACAGACGAGAGAUGGCGAUGGGUGUCAUGACCAGAAUAGAAGACCUCAACACGGUGUUGGGCCAAACCCAAGACCACCGUCACCGCGUGCUGGUCGCCGCAGCCAAGAACAUCAAGAACUGGUUCGUGAAAGUCCGUAAAAUCAAGGCCAUCUACCACACGUUGAAUCUGUUCAACUUGGACGUUACACAGAAGUGUCUCAUCGCCGAGUGUUGGGUGCCAGCCCUGGACAUGGAGACCAUACAGCUGGCUCUACGGAGAGGAACGGAGCGCAGCGGUAGUUCGGUCCCUCCUAUCUUGAACCGCAUGGACACAACCGAGCCGCCGCCCACGUACAACCGCACCAACAAGUUCACGUCCGCCUUCCAGCACCUUAUAUACGCAUACGGUGUCGCCACCUACCGGGAGGUCAACCCUGCUCCGUACACCAUAAUCACGUUUCCGUUCCUGUUCGCCGUGAUGUUCGGUGAUCUUGGUCAUGGAGCGCUCAUGGCCGCCUUCGGCUUCUGGAUGUGUUACAAGGAGAAGCCGCUGCAGGCCAAGAGGAUCGACAGCGAGAUCUGGACCAUCUUCUUCGGCGGGCGCUACAUCAUCCUUCUGAUGGGUCUGUUCUCCAUGUACACGGGCAUCAUCUACAACGACAUCUUUUCAAAGAGUCUCAACAUAUUCGGCUCGUCGUGGCGCAACAACUACAACGAGUCCACGCUACUCACCAACAAGGAUUUGCAACUGAAUCCUGAUUCCGAUGACUACGUGCAAAUACCUUACCCCUUCGGCAUAGAUCCUGUGUGGCAGCUGGCGGAGGCUAACAAGAUCAUCUUCAUGAACGCGUACAAGAUGAAGAUCUCCAUCAUCAUCGGCGUGUUCCACAUGUUGUUCGGAGUCUGUCUCUCACUGUGGAACCAUCUGUACUUCAAGCGCCGCAUCUCAGUGUACGUGGAGUUCAUCCCUCAGAUCCUGUUCCUCACGCUGCUGUUCUUCUACAUGGUGCUGCUCAUGUUCAUCAAGUGGACCUCCUACGGACCUACGCCAGGACACUUCGGAGAUGAGACUUACGUUAAGACGAGCGGCUUCUGCGCGCCGUCGAUCCUGAUCACGUUCAUCAACAUGAUGCUGUUCAAGACGGACGAGAACACGCGCCCGCAGUGCGACGACACCAUGUACGCUGGGCAGAUAGGACUACAGAAGUUGUUCGUGAUCCUGGCUCUGAUGUGCGUCCCCGUCAUGUUGUUCGGGAAGCCGUACUUCAUCAGGAAGGAACAGAAGUUACGAGCCGCUCAAGGUCACCAAAGCAUUGAAGCGAGCGCCGAAAACGGUACGGCCGGAGGUGCUCCCGUUCCCUCACACGACCACGGAGAUGAAGACAUCACAGAGGUGUUCAUACACCAGGCGAUCCACACUAUUGAAUACGUGUUGGGGAGCGUCUCACAUACUGCGUCCUACCUGAGGCUGUGGGCGCUGUCUCUGGCGCACGCGCAGCUGGCGGAGGUCGCAUGGAACAUGUUGCUGAGGAAAGGUCUCAUGUCUCCGAGCUACGAGGGCGGUAUCUUCCUGUACAUCGUGUUCGCGGGCUGGGCCGCCAUUUCCGUGUCCAUCCUCGUGCUCAUGGAAGGCCUAUCCGCCUUCCUGCACACGCUACGUCUGCACUGGGUUGAGUUCCAGAGUAAGUUCUACGCGGGCGAGGGCUACCUCUUCAUGCCGUUCUCGUUCGAGAUCAUUCUAGACUCAGCGGGUCAGGCCGAGGAGUAA